AUGCUACCCGUGUCAUGUGCAAAAUAUUUAACUCUAAUUUUGAAUCGGACUAAAUCUAAAACUUUAGUUUUAUUUGAAACCCCCUUUCCAAAUUGCGGGGACACAGAGCAACUUACCGUCACGUUGCCGCUGAACGAAGAGCAGGCGACCAAGUUAAUAGCCCAAUGCGAGCAGGAAUCCAAGCAUCAAACCCGUGGGAAGGUCUGGGUACUGGACGGAAAUCACGUGAAAUUAGACGAUUCCCAGUGGUGGCAGAGUCUGGAAAAGCUGACUGAAGUUGUUACGGAUAAGCUGGGGCUGGGGCGACUCUGUGAGGAUCACGGUGAAGUACUGGACGAGCCGAGCCACAAACCGGUUUUGUAUGGGCAGGAAGGCGUCGUAUUACAGACUGGCGGAGACGAGAGUAGUGAGAAGGCCCCGGAAGCGGUGCUGAUAGUGGGGUUUUCGUCGUCUUAUGGAGGAGUUCUUGUAGUGGAAGAGGCUGGUGGCGCUACAACAAGACGCGAACUAACUCCAAAGGGAUCCGACGGGCAGAACUUCGUUGUUGUUUCUUCUGGUGCAAGGGGGGCUCAAAGUGGCGUUCACGCUGCGCUGAUAUUUUCUUUCCACUUGGAAAAAUCGUUGGCGUAUCUGUCGUUAUACGCCCGUGACCAGGAAAUCCGCGAUAUACUUGCCCCACCAUUGAAGAGCAAUUCUGCCGAGACUUAUCCGCCUGUGCUGUUGCUGAAGAACAACUACGACAACGAUGUCUUGGCAAAAUCGGGGACGGCAGCUCUGACUGGUGUCGAUCUUUCCAGACUGCAGACCAUUGAAAAGUUGAACGCCGUCUUGGCGCCGAACAAUCAGUUGCAGUUCUUCGCAGUCAAACUUGAUCACGAGAUGGAAUCCGUUUGGACUGGUUGUUCAGAAUAUGACGAUGGCUUGGACAAGGACCACAAGGACUCCAUAGCAUGGCACACUCUCGGUUCGAAAGACCAGACUCUCAGCAGAGACCCUUACACUUACGCGGACCUCCACCUUGAGUACCUCAAGCCAGACGAUAAACCACUCCGUGACAUGUGGCUGAAGGCAGAGCCUGUAAGCCACGUGACGAUGCCAUCCGAUGAAGACAGCCAAAGAUACGCGGACCGAAUGAGGAGUCGAAUUUACGAGGAAUACGACGAUCCACCCUUGCCAACCAAACAUGAAAAAUACUUCCGGCAGGGAAUCCUGAUUCUCCCUUGUGAGAGAGCGAUGGAGAUUAUCCGGAAAUUCAGUGGAGAUAAGGCAGCGGCAGCCUAUCUGCAGCAAUAUUCCCCGCGCGAUUCGGCAGCGCUGCGGUCUCUCCUCACGAAUGGAGACUAUCACACGAAAGAAUGGAAUGACGCAGUGUGUCAGUCACUGGUGGAAAUCCAGGAUACUGCUCUUGUUGAUCUUUUCUUUAGAGAAGUGGCGAACAUUUUCUGCACGGCCAUGCGCGUCAAUAUCAGCUCGGCCGUUCUCACCCUAGUGCGAGGUUUCGGGUGGGAAGCAAUUCAAGCUCCGUUCCUGUCGAGCUAUGCAUGUGGGAAAUGUACGAACCAGUGCAGUGACAGCACAGUGUUUGGCCGCCUUGUCAGCCUGUUAAAGCGCGCGGGCCCAGAUUCGUACGGCUCAAUGAUCCAGCGCCUUGAAAAGUACGCCGCUGACGUGGGCUUCUCAUCAAGAGAGCAGGAGGCUUUCUCUGACCUAGUGGCUGCAAGGGUUCAGUAUCUGAAGGCUGCAGUCACGAACCGCGGCAAACCAGGAGUAUGGAGCAUACCUCAAGCUUGUGUUCCCGGUGAGCCAGAAGUGGAGGAAUUCCUCCGAGGACCCGAACGAUCUAAGGCUUUCACCUGCUUUCCUGAUAAAAAGGCUGCACGCGCCUUCAUGUCCAAAUUCACUGACGAUAAUUAUGCAAAGUCUGCACAGACUGUGACGCUGACGAAAUUCUCACACAAGCACGCGCCAGGAGAGGGUUACCACUUUGAUCUCGACGAAAAGCUGAUCCAGCUGAUGGAAAAAUACUACCCCGAUGAAGACCGCAGUUGGGUCCGCGAGACCUGGGAGAGGCUAGCUCCAAAGUCACCUAAGAGAACGCAGUGGGGAGGUGGGCCUUCUCGAUCUCAGAAAGGCAAACGCCGCAAGAACUGCCGGUGGUAG